UAAAUUCCAACAUGGUGGAAAUGUGCUACACAGUUUGAAAAUGCAGGCCGUGUCAUGCCUUGAAAAAAAUCAUUUUAUACUUGAAUUUGGUGGAAAAUGUCGGACCCUAAACGUGCUACGCUUAUAACAGUGGGUGGUCCUAAAAGUGCAAAGAAUAAUGUGACAAAAACAGUGAGAUUAACUAUAAAUUUGGAUGAAAGCAACGAAAGUAAAUAUCCGGAGCUGAAUUACAAGGAACUAGUCAUAGCAGAAGAGAGAAAGAAAAAGGUAGCUAAACUAGAGAAUGGCAAACGCAACUCUGGCCUCGACCCGUUCUCCGACAACGAUGAUGAUGUGGAGCGAGUCGCCAGGAAAUUUGAACAGAAAUAUGGUGGCAAAAGUACCUAUGGAAGGAAAGGCAAGACAAAGCAUGAUGAGUUUGCAGACAUCGGUGCCGGCUACGAUGAGAAUGAUUCCUUCAUUGAUAACACUGAUGGAUAUGAUGAGAUGAUACCACCGGAAUGUGACACGUUCUACGGAGGGUUCUACAUCAACUGUGGCUCGCUGGAGUUUAAAGCGGUGCCAGAGAGCCAGCUGCCAGGGUCUGAUGGAGAGGUCACGGGCAACCGGAAGAACAAGAGGAGGAUAUCGUCCAGCAGCAGCGAAGAGGAGUCUUCGGACAGUUCCUCGGAGUCGAGCCAUGAUGAGAAGGACACCAAGACCGUGCCCAACGGGGACGUGCACUCGCAUCACACUGAGCAUAGGAAGAAGAAAAACAAAAAGAUUGAUAAGAAAAAGGCUAAAAGAAUCCGGCGGAAUGACUCGUCGGCGGCCACUUCUGGGAAGCAAACUUCUGAUGACAAUUGUCACGCUAACGACGAGAGCGUGGACUCACGCACGUCUCACUCGGACUCGCUCACUUCCAAGCCGGCGCCCAGUUCCGAGAACAACGCUACUUCUGAUAGCUCCAGAGACGCAACAGACAGCAAGCUCGAGCUGUCCCUCCCUGCCCCUGUCUCGGAACUACUGGAGCAGCUCAAGUGCUCGCUGGCGCGCCUGCAGCUGUCCGCGCCCGGGCUGUCCGCGCCGGACAUGGCCCGCGCCGCCGCGCCGCACUUGCUCAAACUCCACCACGCACUAGAAUCCUGCACCGGCCACGUGCAGAAGUGUCUGUGGACGCGCGCGGCGCGCCUGUUGAACACUAGCCGCGCUAAACUGUGUGCUAGAGUGCAGACUUUAGUGGCACAACAGAAUUCUCAACCUCCAACCCCCGCUACACAACCGACGCCAGCGCCCCCUGUCGGCAAACGAAAGCACUCUGCGGGAGAGCUGACGGAGGAGGAGGUGGCCGCCAUGAGCGAGGAGCAAAGAGAGGCCCGGAUUGUGGAGACGCUGGCUGAGUUAAAAGCACUUAUAGACGAGAAGAAACCAGCUAUGAUCGCCAGUUACAACGCGGAGUGUGAUAGAAUUCAAGAAGAAAGGCGAAAGUCCCAGACCACCGCCCCCGGCGCCCACGUGGCCCAACGGCUCCCCAAACGGCGCUUCCCGUGGUGUUCAUACAGUCGCUCGCUGCUGGCCCGCCUAGCGAGGUUGGGCGGGCCCGCGCCCACGUCGCUGCUGCAGGACCGCGUGCUGCCGCUGUUCCCCAAGGGCUUCGUGAGGAUGCCCACGCUGAGGCGGCAGGCCGACCUCAAAACCGGCGAGGAAGUGAAAAGGCCGCGAGCGAACUCUUCAUCCCAGCCUUCACAACCGACCGCCUCACAACCUGUUGCCAAACCAGUCUCACAACCAACUGUUGCGCCAGCGACCAUCACACAAACGUACACCGAACCCAUACACUUCCCGAGUUCACUCACCGUCACCACAACCAACAAACCAGAAAAGACUGAUUAUUCAGACAAUAAGGAUAAGAAAUCAAAUUCUGUAACUAAAACUCCACUAGAAUCUCCGCUCGGCACCAUACUCAACAGCUUCACCAUGCCCAAAGACUUGAUCGUAGAGAAAGAGGAUAGAAAUAAACACGAGGACGAUAAAUACUUACCUCCCAGUAGCAUAGGCAGUAUAACUAUUACACCGGUCAACAAUACGGCGAAAAGCGAAAAGAUUCACACGAAUAAAGUUACUACAAACAACGCAGCGAGUAAAGUAACAAAUAGCACGAGUAAGGUAAUAAAUAGCGUGGCUAACUCGCAUGAUAAGCAAAAAGAACAAGGUAUGAUAAGAGUUAAAACUCCAGCAACACUUAUAAAGGAAGCCAAUGAAAUAGCAUGUAAAGACAAAGACAAACACAAAAGUAAACCAGAGAAAAAUCAUUCUCAGCCUAAAGAAAAGACUUUGCAGUCCCCUUUGCUGAUAGAAACUAAUUUUGUACCGAAAGAGAAAGCUAAUCCAAGUCCAAAGUUGAGAAAGGAUGAAAUAACACACAAAGCAAUCGAUAGAAUCACUGAAGACAAACUACCCAGGCCUGUUCUUAUCCCAGUACAACAUUCUCCAACAUUCGCUAAGCCAGAUAAAAGGCCUCCUGAUGCUAAGAAAAAGAAAGACUUAGUUAUAGUAUCCGAUGUAGAUCCAUUAGGAGAUUACAACGAAGUGAUAUCUGAACCUGUAGCCAUAGACGAUAGUAGCUCGGACGUGGAAGUGAUUGAGGAGAAAGAAAAACCUGAAACAAACAGUGAUGCGAAGCCAAAAAGUGAUGUAAAUAAACCAAGUGAAGUGAUCAGACCAAAAAGUGAUACAGUGCCUUCAAAAGACAAAAGUGUAAUACAAAAAGUGAACCACAAAGAAAAGGACAGACAUAGUGAAAAGCCAAAGGAGAUAAAAGGUGAUAAGAUGGAUGUAGACGAUACAGAGGCGGAUAUUGAUACGGUUAUGAGAAAUUUGAGGGAAAUGCAGGAUUCCCAAGAGCCGAGUUUCAAUAGCGCAUUCGGAGUCAUAAGCAGUGCUAAGCACAUGAGGUCUCCAAGCGCGGCCAUUCGCAGCGAUAAAGACAAGCUCGCAGGACGAAGUUCUUUAAACAAAAUGGAUGGAUGUAGUUCGUCAGAGGUAGACGUAGCCUAAAAGCAGUCAUCCACGAUGAAAAGUUGUAUGUAUUGUAUUCAUAAAAAAAUGUAUGAACGGUUGUUAAUUGAGAGUAUUUAUUCCUAUUCCCAUUUGAAAAUAUUAAUGAUAAUUUAACAUAAUGAAAUGUAAAAAGAUAGUGGCAUUGCCGAUUUGUUAUAUUAUUAGUAAUUAUUACACACUAAUUGAGCUAGUUUUUUCUUUUAACUUUUUUUACAUUUGCAAGUGAUUGCAUAGAUGGAAUACCACUUUUAAAAGGCAGCAAAGUCUAAGAAUUACCUCUAAGGAUGAGGCCCCAUUGAUGCGUUGUGUCGCGUCGUCGCUAAGAAACGGUCAUAAAAAUGUUGGCAGCAAUGACGCAACGCACCAAUGGGGCCUCGCCCUAAGCUAGCGACCCUUUUGGUAGAAUUAUUUCAUCUUUGCGUAGAGUAGGGAUUUAAAACGUGUUUGGCUCAAACUCGUAAAAAAUGUACGCUUUAUAUGAACAUGUUUUGCAAAAUGUAUAUUAGAUUGGAUGUCUCAAUUUUUUGAGACCUAACGGCGUAUGUGAGAAAGAAAUGGCGGAUGUAAAUUGAUAAUUAAUUGCUUGAUAGUUUUGUAUAGAAUGCUUGUGUUUUGUAAAGAGUUUUAGUUUAUAUCGAUGUCUGGGGUGUAAGUUUCGAUAAUUUACGUAAACGCAGUUUUAAAUGUGUUUUCAACUUUUCACGUCUCAUCUGUGGUCAUCUUUGUCUUUUGUUUCAGUAGUGACUGCUAGAGGCGCUAGUUUGUAUGUAAGAACGCAUACAUAAAUAAACUCGUAUACGUAAAAUAUCCCAAUUUACACAACAGAUACAGUAAUUUUGUAUUUGAACAAAACUAAACUUACUGCUCCACUGUAGUCUUUUAAUCACUGAAAAAUGCGACAAAAUAUUCCACGUAUCCUAUCAGUCUGAAAUCUAUUGUAUUGUGUUUGUGUAUUCUGUUUGUUUAAUUUAAUUGUAUGUAUAUCAAUAAAUAAUUAGUGUUUGUAUAUUGCUAUUGUACUUUAUCAUGUCAAAGUAAAUAGUUCCUAUUUCUGACACCACAAUUUGGGCGCUAAUAUAGGUGUUAGUUUAUUUUCUCAUUUUCUUAAAUUUAAAAAAAAUAUCCUCCAUAACAUUGCUGUUUACAGAAAUGUCUACCAUGUUAGUUUGUAUCUAAUGGCUCUUCCCUUGUUGUAAAUGGUUACGAUAUGAAUUGUAAUGAAUAGAAAUAACAUAGUAUUUAUAACUUUUAUGUGAUCUAUGUACACUGCCACCUAGAAUGAAGCUUGUCCAUUGUCUGAGUAUUGUUAGAUAAAAUAUACUUACAGUGGCUUUUAUAUGCCUGUUCACUAGCCUUAUCUUUUGUUAAACUAAUAUCGGCAGCUGAUAACUGUAAUUUCUACAAAUAAUUACUUUUAUUAAUACUUUAAUCUACAACUAUUUUAAAGGCCUUCGUAACUCAACAUCUACUUUAAUAAAACUUGACAAUAUGGAUCUCAUUAAAAUUAAAUCUUGUAAAAAUAUUCUGUUCCUUAGCAAGAUGUGUUCAUGAAAGUCAUUUUUAUUUUAGUUUUUCCUCAAUACUUUAAAAUGGCAAGCUUCAAUACAACAACGUUAGAAUAAAAAGUGGAGUAAGUAGACUAUUUUUAAUACGACGAAGUACUAUAAAUUAGCUUUGUGAGAAAUAAUCAUAGAAUUUUAUUUUUGUCAAUCUUAAUUUUUGUUUUGUUUUCUUUCGUAAUUUUGAGAUAACGUACCACUCGAAGUCCAAAAUUAUAAAGCAUUGUAAUUAUGAAUAAAUAUUUAUAAUGAAUAGAUGAA